AUGCCUACCCGGUUCUCCAACACCCGCAAACACCGUGGACACGUUUCGGCCGGUCAUGGUCGAGUCGGCAAGCACCGUAAACAUCCCGGUGGUCGUGGUCUUGCUGGUGGACAACAUCACCACCGAACAAAUUUUGAUAAGUAUCAUUACGGUUACUUCGGAAAGGUCGGUAUGAGGUAUUUCCACAAGACCAAGAACCAAUUCUGGCAGCCCGUGAUCAACGUCGACAAGCUUGUCUCAUUGCUGCCCGAAGGUCAGCGGAAACCACAGGGUGACAAGGUCCCUGUUAUCGACACCACCGCUCACGGUUACGGAAAGGUCCUCGCCAAGGGCCGAUUGCCCUCGACACCUUUCAUCGUCAAGGCCCGAUUUGUUUCCAAGAGAGCCGAGGAGAAAAUCAAGGCUGCUGGUGGUGUGGUUGUCAUUGAAGCAUAA